GAUUGAGUGUUGAGAAAGCAGAUCUGGUUUAAAUGUCAAUAUUCCAUUGGAAACCCAAUUUUUCCAAUUCCAGCAAUCGAAGAAGAAGAAGGAGAAGAAAAGUAAAAGGAAAGGGAAGGGAAGGAGGAUCGAAAUUGUCAGGAUUACGCGAUGGCUUCCAAGCGGAUCUUGAAAGAACUCAAGGAUCUCCAAAAAGAUCCUCCUACAUCUUGCAGCGCAGGCCCUGUGGCUGAAGACAUGUUUCAUUGGCAAGCAACUAUCAUGGGUCCCCCUGACAGUCCCUAUGCAGGGGGUGUCUUUUUGGUUACUAUACAUUUUCCUCCAGAUUAUCCAUUCAAACCACCAAAGGUUGCUUUUAGGACGAAGGUUUUCCAUCCAAAUAUUAACAGCAAUGGAAGUAUUUGCCUCGACAUCUUGAAGGAGCAGUGGAGCCCAGCCUUGACCAUUUCUAAGGUGUUGCUCUCGAUUUGCUCCCUUUUGACGGAUCCGAAUCCUGAUGACCCUUUGGUGCCGGAGAUUGCUCACAUGUACAAGACAGACAGGAGCAAGUAUGAGACAACUGCAAGGAGCUGGACUCAAAAGUAUGCAAUGGGAUAGUUGUGCUGUUGGGGAAGGUGGAUGGGUGGUGGCAUUGAGGGCGGCAUUCCUUUCAUGCUGGCUUUAAUCUUUCAGUAUUAUGUAUGACUGAAGUUUGACGCGUCUCUCUCUUCACUCCUAAACUAGACCUUAAGAGAAGGUCCACUCCUGCCCUCCAUUGAAAAAAAAAAAAAAAAAAAAACAAUUAAUGGUACUUUAAAUUGUUUGUAUGGAAUUUGAUCUUUUGGACUAGAAGAAAUUGUCUGUUAAAUAUGUUGUUUGAUCCUUCUUAUUCCCUGUACAUGACCUCAAAGAUAUGUAAAAAUGAUCCCAGAGGCACAGAGGAGAUUCUGGAGACUUGGUUUUACAAAAAGUGAAUUUCCAACUGUUUAUGAGAGAUGCUUUGUUGGCUGAAAAUAACUAUCUUGCAGCUGCAUGCUUAAUGGAUGGAUCUAGAUAAUUUGUUGUAAA